AUGGCAGAUUCAGAAGGGACCAGAGGGGAAUGCGAACGAAUCUUCAAACGGUUCGACAGCGACGGCGACGGGAAGAUCUCGCUGUCGGAGCUGGAGAGUGCUCUUCGUGCCCUUGGCUCCUCCUCGCCGGAAGAGGUCCGACGACGGAUGUCGGAAAUCGAUAAGGAUGGCAAUGGCUUCAUUUCACUUGAUGAACUCUGUGACUUUCAAAGGGCCAAUCCUGAUUUGAUGAAGGAGGUUUGCAAGAGGCUUUAG